UAUCGGGUACCACCUGUGUCCUUUUUGCCUCGUCUUUUCUAUUGCCGUUGCUACAGCGCAACAUCAAGAACGAUAAUCUGCGAGUUAUUCUACUACUUCUGCAUACCGCACAAUGUCUCGAACAACCUCGUUUAAGCUCGUCCUUCUCGGAGAAUCUGCUGUUGGAAAGAGCAGCUUAGUUCUCAGAUUCGUGCGAAAUGAGUUCUCAGACUUCAGAGAAUCGACUAUCGGUGAGCGCUGCAUUUCUUACUCAAUCAGUAAAGCUUAGCGAGUCUACAUCUAUCAAAUUCGAGAUAUGGGAUACGGCAGGACAAGAACGCUACAAAUCGCUGGCUCCCAUCUACUUUAGAAACUCAAACGCCGCUGUAAUUGUUUACGACAUUACCCAACCGCCUGAGACAUCCUUUGAAAAGGCCAAGUCUUGGGUGCGGGAACUCCAACGUCAGGCUGACCCGUCAAUCGUGAUUAUGCUUGUCGGAAACAAGACAGAUAUGGAAUCUCAGCGGAAAACUUCUCGUGAGAUUGGUGAACAGUAUGCCAAAGAAGAAGGAUUGCUGUUUGCAGAAGCUAGUGCAAAGACCGGGGAAGGAGUCGAGGAACUUUUUAUGGAGAUCGCUAAAAAGCUUCCUCUUGCCCCACCGCCGCCGAGAGGGCAAGUUGCUGGUGGUAAAGGUGUUCAAGUAUCCGGACAGGAAGACUCUGCCACUCCUUCAGCUUGUACAUGUUAAAUUUCGUGCACGACGUGCCUUAUAGAGUGCUUUUUCUUUACGUAUCAGGCUUUGAGCAGUAAUACAUAUUUGUGUUGAUAUUUUAAUGUAUGGAUAUACAUAUGCGGUCG